CAGGUAGUACCCACCCACCAUGUGUUGUUACUGACGUCAUAAGGUUAUAGGUCGUGCUGCCGUGUGUGGACCAAUAGGCACAGGCCACAAUGACAUCACUUUCCUUUUAUACACCUGCGGUGUUGUGAACAUAGAUACGUUUCAGUGUAUUGUGCAAUCGCGUCAGGUUGUAUUUAAAGCGGUGACUGAUCGUAUUUCUCAGGCUUUUGCAAGCCACAUAACAGUUCGGUUCUACGUGGCGAGGCUUGGACAGCAAGAAUUAAGUAUAGUUUAGGACUUGGGUGUUUGUACGUUACAAAAGUAGGCCAUGGGUGUCAAUUCGACUGAAUGCAUUUCCGUGUCUCCAAGACAAGACGGGUCAACUGCUGCCGGUCGCAGCUUUCUCAAGGGGGAGGGGCUGUCCAGAAACACAAGACAUCUCAAAAUGGCGUCUGUGGCACCCAAGGACAGCAAAGAACAUGAGUGCAAGGUUGCUUCGUCGGCAGAUAUCCAAAUUUGUGGCGACAAAGGUCCUGAGGAACAAGCGAAGAAGAAGAGGAAGUUUAGGCCGGCUGCAGAACUAUGGAGUUUUGAAAUUGAGAGACCAGCUCGGACAUACAGUUUCACACAAGAGGAGCCGACACGUUACACCACGGCGGCGGAUCAUGAACUGUCUGACUACGAAGGCUACGAAGAAUUCGAGGAUUCUGCGACCAUCGUGAGAGGUAAGCUCCGUCUGAGAUCAUGUAUGAAGAAUAAAAGUACAAGAACGCGAAGGCUACUGAGGGAUGAGCGCUGUUAUAAAGGCGGGCAGAGGGUCAUUGUAGCUUGUGUUAAAAGGGCAAAUAUUGAUGUUCGGAAGGAGAAUAUUGAGGUCGCUGUUGAGGCAAAGAAAAGAAAUGUCGAGAAAAGACUCAGAGUGAAACAUAUUCGUCGCAACAGUCAACCCAGAGACAACUCUGCGCAGAGCGACCAGGAAACGAAAGCGGAAGAUCACAAGGACGCCAUAGUUCCCGGACUCAGAACCGCACACGGUGCACCCGUCAUGCUGAGUGCUCUUGAUGAUGUUUUCCGUCAGAAUUUCACCGACGCUCGGGCCAACAUGACAGCGCUGCGUGACCUCGACGAAUCAUGCAAGCACGAACGGUCUGUCCACACUACAAAGAAGAAGAGGAAAGUGCAAAGACAGCGAAGGAGGGCCUUCACGCGCGUUAAGGAGACACUGUGCAUGCAUGAACAGAAACUGUACAUUCCGGACAGUCUUCGCAAUAUUACAGCCCCGUCUCGGGGAACGAAGAGAGUUGUUCUCACCACACGUGAGACCAGCCAUAACACUGCGCUGCAGAGGAUUCAAGCAGGACUCAGCCCCAACCUCACAUACCAUGAGGUCAUCUUUCUGCUGAGGGCACAUGUUAUGCAUGUCACUCGGGAAAACAGGAGGAAGAUGAGUCGUUCGAAACGAGUUGAAACUCAGAAGAAGCUGAAGAAGAUCGGUAGGAAGAUAUAUUGUAAGGAGCUGCGCCACCUCGUUGUUCAGGUGAAAGGAACCGAGACUUACUCAAGCCGCAGAAAGGCACAGAAGUCACAGAAGUACGAGCUUCGACAUGAGGAUCUGCCGCCAUCCGCAGAUCAGAGCAUGGAGCGGCUGGUCGACCUGCAACAUCGAGACCUCACACCAGAAGACUACGAACUUCUGCUGCUACUAGACGACGCCGUCGCCCCAAAAACUGUCAGCUCGAAAAUGAUAAGAGACCUGAAAACGGUGAGAGUAGAGAGCUCCAGUGACGCGCCAUGCGCCAUCUGUUUCGACCCGUACGAGGUUGGUCAGAUCCAGAAGGUGCUUAACUGCGGCCACGCGUUCCACGUCCAGUGCAUCACACUGUGGCUGACGAACUGUUCAAGUGCUUGUCCUCUGGACGGCAUUGACGUCUCAACAGAGCCACCUAGCGACGUCCAGGUGGAACAGCAGGGCGCCCAGCAAGCAGCCGGACUUGUGCUUGAUCCCACAAGCGAUUCGGUAGACCCCGCACUUCGGGAAGUUGCCGAGCUACAGCGGAGGGAUCUGACACCGGAGGACUACGACAUGCUCCUUCGGCUGGACGAGCGAGUCGAACCGAAAACAGUUGAGCCGGCUCACGUGGACGGCCUGGAGACGCAGGUGGUAGACGCGCUUGUGAUCGGGGACAGCUGUGCCAUCUGUAUGGAACAUUACGAACUGGGACAGACCAAGAAAAUCCUCCCCUGUAAACAUGGAUUUCAUAUAAUGUGUAUUGAAAACUGGCUUAAAAACUGUUCUACCCUGUGUCCUCUCGACGGAGAGCCGCUGGUUUAGCAUACUUGUGUCAUUAUGUUGCUGCUUAUUACUUAUACCAUUGCAGUACUUCCCUGUUGGCUGUUUAUAUAGGUUUUAGUUAGGACCCAUUGUUGAAUUAAAUACAAGUUGAGAAUU